CCCCCCCCUUCCUCUUCCUGAAUUCCUUUUCCUGUAGCUCCUUUGGAUAAAACUUUUCUUCGUUUGGUGUUGUCGUUGUUUAAUUUUGCUGGGCGAAUCUCAACAGUUCGGAAAGGACAAAGAUGAUGCCGAUAUAAGCACACUGGACAAUAAGCAACAUUGAAAAGCAAAGCAAAUUGAAGCAGAAAUAAAAAUAGUUUCCAUUUCCUUCUGAAAGCCACAAAAUUCGUAGCUAUUUUGGGAAAACACAGAGUUCAAACCACAAGAGGAUCCACACUGGAGAAAAGCCAUAUAAAUACUCUGAAUGUGGCAAAAGCUUUGGUCAGAAUAGCUCCCUUGUGAUUCAUAGAAGGAGCCACAUAGGACAGAUGCCCUACAACUGCCCCCAGUGUGGUAAAUGCUUUCGCAAGAAUUGCAAAUUUGUGAUACAUCAGCAGACUCACACCAGGAAGAAACCAUACAAGUGUCCAGAUUGUGAGAAACAUUUCAGUUACCGUUCUAACCUGGUGAUACACCAGCGGAUUCACACAGGAGAGAAACCAUAUGAGUGUCCAGAUUGUGGGAAAUGUUUUAAUCAAAAUUCCCAUCUGGUGAUACACCAGAGGACUCACACAGGAGAGAAACCAUAUGAGUGUCCAGAUUGUGGGAAACAUUUCAGUCAAAAUUUCAACCUGGUGAGACACCAGAGGAUUCACAGAGGAGAGAAACCCUUUAAAUGUCCUGAGUGUGGGAAAUGUUUCAGUCACAAUUCCUUCCUGUUGAUACACCAGAGGACUCACACAGGAGAGAAACCAUACAAGUGUCCAGAUUGUGAGAAACAUUUCAGCUACCGUACUAACCUGGUGAUACACCAGCGGAUUCACACAGGAGAGAAACCAUAUGAGUGUCCAGAUUGUGGGAAACAUUUCAGUCAAAAAUUCAACCUGGUGAGACACCAGAGGAUUCACAGAGGAGAGAAACCCUUUAAAUGUCCUGAGUGUGGGAAAUGUUUCAGUCACAAUUCCUUCCUGUUGAUACACCAGAGGACUCACACAGGAGAGAAACCAUACAAGUGUCCAGAUUGUGAGAAACAUUUUAGUUACCGUUCUAACCUGGUGAUACACCAGCGGAUUCACACAGGAGAGAAACCAUAUGAGUGUCCAGAUUGUGGGAAAUGUUUUAAUCAAAAUUCCUACCUGGUGCUACACCAGAGGAUUCACACAGGAGAGAAACCUUUUGAAUGUCCUGAUUGUGGGAAAAGUUUUAGUCAGAAUUCCCACCUGGUGAGACACCAGAGGAUUCACACAGGAGAGAAACCCUUUGAAUGUCCUGAUUGUGGGAAAAGUUUUAGUCUGAGUUCCAACCUGGUGAGACACCAGAGGAUUCAUACAGGAGAGAAACCUUUUGAAUGUCCUGAGUGUGGGAAAAGUUUCAGUGACAAUUCCAGCCUGUUGAUACACCAGAGCAUUCACACAGGAGAGAAACCCUUUGAAUGUCCUGAUUGUGGGAAAAGUUUCAGUCACAAUUCCCACCUACAGAUACACAAGAGGAUUCACACAGGAGAGAAACCUUUUGAAUGUCCUCAGUGUGGGAAAAGUUUCAGUCACAAUUCCAGCCUGGUGAUUCACCAGAGGAUUCACACGGGAACAAAACCUUUUGAAUGUCCUGCUUGUGGGAAAAGGUUCUGUAAGAAUUCCAGCCUGGUGACGCACCAGAGGACACACACAAGAGAGAAACCAUACAAGUGUCAAGAUUGUGGGAAACAUUUCAGUCAAAAUUCCUCCCUGAUGUUACACCAGAGGAUUCACACAGGAGCAAAACCUUUUGAAUGUCCUGCUUGUGGGAAAAGGUUCAGUCAGAAUUCCAGCCUGGUGACGCACCAGAGGACACACACAAGAGAGAAACCAUACAAGUGUCCAGAUUGUGGGAAACGUUUCAGUCAAAAUUCCUCCCUGGUGCUACACCAGAGGACUCAUACAGGAGAGAAACCCUUUGAAUGUCCUGAGUGUGGGAAAAGUUUCAGUCACAAUUCCAGCCUGGUGAACCACCAGAGGAUUCACACAGGAGAGAAGCCCUUUGAAUGUCCUGAUUGUGGGAAACAUUUUAGUUACCAUUGUAACCUGGUGUUACACCAGAGGACUCACACAGGAGAAAAACUUUUUCAGUGUCCAGAUUGUGGGAAACGUUUUAGUCAAAAUUCCUAUCUGGUGCUACACCAGAGGACUCACACAGGACAAAAACCCUUUGAAUGUCCUGAUUGUAGGAAACGUUUCAGUCAAAAUUGCUACCUGCUGCUACAUCAGAGGAUUCACACAGGAGAGAAACCCUUUGAAUGUCCUGAGUGUGGGAAAAGUUUCCGUCACAAUUCCAGCCUGGUGAACCACCAGAGGACACACACAAGAGACAAACCAUACAAGUGUCCAGAUUGUGGGAAAUGUUUCGGUUACCGUUCUAGCCUGGUGAACCACCAGAGGACUCACACAGGAGAGAAACCACAUGAAUGUCCAGAGCUGCGGGGUCAAACUUUUCCAUUUCCUUCUGAAAGCCACAAAAUUUGUAGCUAUUGUGGGAAAACACAGAGUUCAAACCACAAGAGGAUCCACACUGGAGAAAAGCCAUAUAAAUACUCUGAAUGUGGCAAAAGCUUUGGUCAGAAUAGCUCCCUUGUGAUUCAUAGAAGGAGCCACAUAGGACAGAUGCCCUACAACUGCCCCCAGUGUGGUAAAUGCUUUCGCAAGAAUUGCAAAUUUGUGAUACAUCAGCAGACUCACACCAGGAAGAAACCAUACAAGUGUCCAGAUUGUGAGAAACAUUUCAGUUACCGUUCUAACCUGGUGAUACACCAGCGGAUUCACACAGGAGAGAAACCAUAUGAGUGUCCAGAUUGUGGGAAAUGUUUUAAUCAAAAUUCCUCCCUGGUGCUACACCAGAGGAUUCACAGAGGAGAGAAACCCUUUGAAUGUCCUGAGUGUGGGAAAUGUUUCAGUCACAAUUCCUUCCUGUUGAUACACCAGAGGACUCACACAGGAGAGAAACCAUAUGCGUGUCCAGAUUGUGGGAAAUGUUUUAAUCAAAAUUCCUACCUGGUGAUACACCAGAGGAUUCACACCGGAGAGAAACCAUAUGAGUGUCCAGAUUGUGGGAAAUGUUUUAAUCAAAAUUCCUACCUUGUGAUACACCAGAGGACUCACACAGGAGAGAAACCUUUUGAAUGUCCUGAUUGUGGGAAAAGUUUUAGUCGGAAUUCCCACCUGGUGAGUCACCAGAGCAUUCACACAGGAGAGAAACCCUUUGAAUGUCCUGAUUGUGGGAAAAGUUUUAGUCUGAGUUCCAACCUGGUGAGACACCAGAGGAUUCACACAGGAGAGAAACCCUUUGAAUGUCCUGAGUGUGGGAAAAGUUUCAGUCACAAUUCCAGCCUGGUGAUACACCAGAGCAUUCACACAGGAGAGAAACCCUUUGAAUGUCCUGAGUGUGGGAAAAGUUUUAGUGUGAGUUCCCACCUAAAGAAACACAAGAGGAUUCACACAGGAGAGAAACCCUUUGAAUGUCCUCAGUGUGGGAAAAGUUUCAAUCGCAAUUCCAGCCUGGUGAUUCACCAGAGGAUUCACACCGGAGCAAAACCUUUUGAAUGUCCUGCUUGUGGGAAAAGUUUCAGUCAGAAUUCCAGCCUGGUGACGCACCAGAGGACACAUACAAGAGAGAAACCAUACAAGUGUCAAGAUUGUGGGAAACAUUUCAGUCAAAAUUCCUCCCUGAUGUUACACCAGAGGACUCACACAGGAGAGAAACCCUUUGAAUGUCCUGCUUGUGGGAAAAGGUUCAGUCAGAAUUCCCACCUAGAGAUACACAAAAGGAUUCACACAGGAGAGAAACCCUUUGAAUGUCCUCAGUGUGGGAAAAGUUUCAGUCAGAAAAUCAGCCUGGUGAGACACCAGAGGAAUCACACAGGAGAAAAACCAUAUGAGUGUCCAGAUUGUGGGAAAAGUUUCAGUCGGAAUUCCAACCUGGUGACCCACCAGAGGACACACACAAGAGAGAAACCAUACAAGUGUCCAGAUUGUGGGAAACGUUUCAGUCAAAAUUCCUCCCUGAUGUUACACCAGAGGAUUCACACAGGAGAGAAACCCUUUGAAUGUCCUCAGUGUGGGAAACAUUUUAGUUACCAUUGUAACCUGGUGAUACACCGGAGGACUCACACAAGAGAGAAACCAUACAAGUGUCCAGAUUGUGGGAAACGUUUCAGUCAAAAUUCCUCCCUGAUGUUACACCAGAGGAUUCACACAGGAGAGAAACCCUUUGAAUGUCCUGAUUGUGGGAAAAGUUUUAGUCUGAGUUUCAACCUGGUGAGUCACCAGAGCAUUCACACAGGAGAGAAACCCUUUGAAUGUCCUGAGUGUGGGAAAAGUUUUAGGUUGAGUUCCCACCUAAAGAAACACAAGAGGAUUCACACAGGAGAGAAACCCUUUGAAUGUCCUCAGUGUGGGAAAAUUUUCAAUUGCAAUUCCAGCCUGGUGAUUCACCAGAGGAUUCACACCGGAGCAAAACCUUUUGAAUGUCCUGCUUGUGGGAAAAGUUUCAGUCAGAAUUCCAGCCUGGUGACGCACCAGAGGACACAUACAAGAGAGAAACCAUACAAGUGUCAAGAUUGUGGGAAACAUUUCAGUCAAAAUUCCUCCCUGAUGUUACACCAGAGGACUCACACAGGAGAGAAACCCUUUGAAUGUCCUGCUUGUGGGAAAAGGUUCAGUCAGAAUUCCCACCUAGAGAUACACAAGAGGAUUCACACAGGAGAGAAACUUUUUGAAUGUCCUCAGUGUGGGAAAAGUUUCAGUCAGAAAAUCAGCCUGGUGAGACACCAGAGGAAUCACACAGGAGAGAAACCAUAUGAGUGUCCAGAUUGUGGGAAAAGUUUCAGUCGGAAUUCCAACCUGGUGACCCACCAGAGGAUUCACACAGGAGAGAAACCCUUUAAAUGUCCUGAGUGUGGGAAAUGUUUCAGUCACAAUUCCUUCCUGUUGAUACACCAGAGGAUUCACAUAGGAGAGAAACCCUUUGAAUGUCCUGAUUGUGGGAAAAGGUUCCGUCAGAAUUCCAGCUUGGUGACCCAUCAGAGGACACAUACAAGAGGGAAACCCUACAAGUGUCCAGAUUGUGGGAAAUGUUUCGUUUACCGUUCUAGCCUGGUGAACCACCAGAGGACUCACACAGGAGAGAAACCACAUGAGUGUCCAGACCUGCGGGGUCAAACUAUUUGAUUGAGGGCCACAUUAGGAUUGUGGUUGACCUUGUGGGUGGGGGGACAUCACAUGGCCAGCUCGACAUCUCUUGUGUUGUGGUGGCCCAGGCAGGCACCUCCUCCUCUGGGAGGUUCCAUUGUCUCCAGCUGAGAAAGGCAAGACCAUGGUAAGCGCCAAAAACCUUGUUCUCACCAUCCCUCUCCGGACAUGCAAAGGACCCCCGGACAGCAGCAUAAGCUGCCCAGACCCCUGGGACCAUAUGCACUGAGCCUGGCCCUCACGCUCCCAUUGCAUUGGGAUCCCACAGCACAGGCCCGCUUCCCGAGGGGCUGCCCGACUGCACUUACCUCCUUCAGGCUGCUGCUGUGCUCGCUCUCCUUGGGCACGUUGCUCAUGGUGUAUGCAGGAGAGCAAAGUGUGUGUCAGAGGGUGGCCCAUUCCUUGUGAGGACCCCAGCCUUGUAACUAAAGCAUCCUCAGCAAUCGGAUGGGAGACCACCAGGAGAGGUCAGGAGGAGGGGACAAGGGGAUAGUGAAAGGGCAGAAGGGCAGCUGUUUGCCAAGUGCUAAGUUAGGACUUCCCUCAGAAUCUGACUCCCUCAUUAUAAACCUUCCUUUCCUUUCUUUUCUUUUACUUUCUUUCCUUUCCUUUUUUUAAGCUGCCAGAGGCUCCCAACAAAGGCUUCUCAUUUUGUCCCCUCCGCCAUCGCUUCAGUAUAGUUUUUAGCUCACAUCUCCCAGACUGGUGCAUGUGUAUGGUUUUGUGUGUGUGUUCCCCUUGCAGCCCAGCCAGCGCUGUGAUAUUGGAGAGAAAAUGAAGAUCGGGAGAGGCUGGGGGUUGAGAAGAAGAAACAAGCAUUGCAAAAACACAGCUUUUGUUAUCUUUCAGCCUACAAUCAGCUUUCAGGCUGUGAGUGAGUGCAAGUGAGUGAGACACCUCCCCCUGCCCCCCCUUCCACACACACACACACACACACUGUCAGGCCUGGAAACCAUAUUAAACUUUAGGUUUCCAGACGCUGCCACAUUUUUAUCUUGAGGGGAGGAGGGGGGGUUGAGGGGUAUGGUAACAUUCUUCAAGCGGUCAAGGUCGAAUGGCGUUCACGUCUGCAGGAAGAGUGGCAAGAAGUUACUCGAAUGAACUGGAAGAACGUGGGACCGUGUGAUCAUCAGAGGGGUCAGGGGGGUGGGACUAUUGGGGUUUGUAUAACUGGGGAAACGAAUCCGGAACUUCAGUUUUGGGAAUUGCACUCAUCGUGUGCCAGUCUCCUCAUGCUAGUAAAGGACUCUGAGAAAAAGAAAAAAUGCCUCUGAAUCUCUUUUACGCAGAAGAGGUAUUUCUGGAACCUUGACAUUAUUCCCAAAACUCUAAAAACUUCCUUUUGCUAACGGUACCCUCUCCUCCUCUCAGAGGGGGCCCGUUAGAGGGGUGCUGGGCCCCAGUCUCCGCAACCUCCACAGCGGUGCAAAGACCCAGUGAAGAUGGAAGAGCAGCAAGUUGGAAGCGUAGAAGGAGCCAUGAAACAGGAUUCUAACGAUUUAGUAGAAGUCACCUAUUUCCCAUCUGAUGACAGGACCCGAAGCCCCGAAAAGGAAGAGCCUGCUUGUCCGCUUGGAGCACGGCCCAAGGACUCUGAUUCAUGGGUGAGCUGCCAGUCGGGAGAAAACAUUUCCCCGGGGGGGAAUGGAGAGCCCCCUCCCUCUUCUCAACCUCACUGGAGGGCAAUAAAACCUGAAGAAUCGGGAGAGUCCCUGGAUUGGGACCUGAGAAACCCCCUGAAAUCCCAGUCUCUAUUAGACCUCCCUGAAACUUUUGAGCGGCUGGAGGUGAGACUUCGAGAGCCUUUAGCUCAGCCUAGAUUCACCUUCCCUCCCACCAGAGAGAGAGAAAUUACUGAAGCUCGAAGCCGUUC